AUGACAUGUUUGCCACGGAAGAGGCUUCUGGUUUUGAUGUCUUGCCUUGCCGGACUGACCUGUCCUACUUGGGGACGACCGUCGGAAGUGUCCUUCUUGGAGCGAUCGAGCCGCCGGAAGGGCCAAAGCUCCACACGCUUGGAUGGUUCAUUGCUGGGCAAGACGAACUGUGGCAUCGCUGCUUGUUGCAACCAUUGCCCUGUCGAUAUCAAUGUGAACAUCAAUUUUGCCAAGAUUUCGCAAGCAAUUGCUUCAAUCGGAGCGGACAUCAAAAAAUUGGAUUCUGAUCUGCAAAACAUGGUGAAGGAAAUCGGGGAAGGACUCCAAGCCAUUGCCAAGGCGAUCUCUCAGCUGGAUGCUGGCAUUCUCGCUGUCGGCGCGGCCCUCCUUGCUGACCUCUCAAUCAUCGAAGGACAGCUGGCAGGCAAGAUCGACCUGAGCAUAUUGGUAAGCGAAGCUAUUGAGGCUGUCCAGCAGAUCAGGUACAUCCAGAAGACGUACAUGAAUCCGCUGAUGCAGAACCCGCGGGCUUUCCCAGAGGAAACAUUGCAACAACUGCAGAACGACAUCCUGGAACCGACGCGAGGUAUCGGUUUCCAAUUGAGCAAAAUCCAAGAUGCAAUGGCUGGGCGAGGCUUUCCAGGCAUCAAGCCUUUGCUCGAGACCUAUCGGGAGAAUGGUGCUGGAUUCUUGCAGCUGGGAGAGGUCUUCGGUUUUUUCCUGGCCGUGCAAUUUUACGGCAGUGCUCAGCUAUACUGGGCUUCGCUGAAGACGUUUGGAAGCAGCCACACUGUCGACCUGGCCGGCUACAACCGGACGCAGAAUAACCAGAUAGCCACUCUCCAGGAGCAGCUGCUUGCUAGUUGGGGUCCCAGCCAAUACUUACAUCCGUGCCUUUGGGAUGGAGGCUGGAACUGUGCCGUCGAAGAGUGCGACUUCCACAGUGCAUGGUAUCCAUUUCCCAAACUGCCGGCUUCGGAGAUCUUGGCGUCAAGCUGUUAUUUUUGCAACACCAUCUCCGCAGGUUCCUACUUCCAGGUCUCAAUACAAGAGGGCAACGUGACCAUGGCCGUAACACGGCAAACAAAUGUGCUUCUGACGCUUGGGUUUGAGGAGGAUUAUACCUUUCGCUCUUACGGUCAGUUAUGUCAGUUAUGUCUUGCAGUGUCUGAUUCAAUCGGUGCUCUUGUGGGGAAGUACUGUGUUCGUCUUCCGAAACCUUCCGAGUACUGUCGAGCAGGCUGGCUGACUGUUUCGACCAACCAGACUCACGCUAGCGCCGAUCUUGGCAUGUAUUGUGACGGGGAUUUCGCAUUUAACAUACUGUCCAUCCCCAUGGCGAGCGCUGAAGUCGGUGUUGCUUUGACGCUGCUAGACAACGCCUCCUUGCAGCUUUGUGCGGGUGAUUCUUGUGAGCCUGUCCCACUCGUACCUGUGAAUCGGACACAGGUGAACGUCACCACCACUUGGGAGAACCGAAAACUACCUCACCCGAUUGCUUACGAGGGAUGCAAAUGCAUCAAUCCUGAAGAGUGGGUGACGGUGUCACCUAAAGCCGGUGCUUCGGGGCUUCGAUGCGCAGCCUUGUGUCAACACGCUUUCCGGUUCACAAGGAGUUAUGCGUCCUCUUCCUCCAGUGUAGACGGCGCGUGCAUGUGUAGCUGGGCUCUUCCGCAAGAAGAUUGUCCAGGCGAGUGCGUAGCAUGCCCGCAACUGCCAGCAACGUGGUGCUCCAAGUCCAAGAACAUGACUACGGCAGCCAUCUACACGUGGGACUCCGACACAGGCAACCUCCAGUUUGCCUGA